AUGGUCGGCCCUACAGAUAAACGUUCCAAGAGGUUAGAAUACAAGAAUGCGAAGGGGACUGCGGAAGCUCCAAAAAAAAAGUUCUACCGACAAAGGGCUCACGCCAAUCCUUUCUCGGAUCAUAGAUUACUGUAUCCCGUUAACCCAGCAUAUAUGGAUUGGUCUGAGUAUUUUCCAGCUUAUACUACAAGUUCUGCUAUGGAGAUAGAUGAAGAAUGUUCAUCGACCAAAAAUAAUGAAAAGAAUUUUAAAAUAAGAAAUAAAACUACUACCUUAAUAAAAGACAUAGAGAUAGCAGAUAUUGGCUGUGGAUUUGGCGGUUUGCUCGUCGCUCUCGCUCCGGAAUUGCCUAAUACGCUAAUGCUUGGUAUGGAAAUACGAAGUCAGGUUGCCGAAUAUGUUCAAGAACGAAUCAGAGCCCUCAGGGUUAAGAACGAUAAUCUAAAUGCAUUCCAAAACGUGGCUUGUAUCAGAGCGAACGCCAUGAAGUUCAUCCCCAAUUUUUUCAAGAAGCAUCAGCUCUCAAAGAUUUUCUUCUGUUUCCCAGAUCCACAUUUCAAAGCUCGGAAGCAUAAAGCUCGGAUCAUCUCGACCACUUUGAACUCAGAAUAUGCCUAUGUUUUGCGUCCUGGUGGCAUUGUGUACACUAUUACAGAUGUCGAAGAUCUACACAACUGGAUGGUUAGCCACUUUGAAGCUCAUCCAGCUUUCGAGAAAGUUUCUCCUGAGGAACAAGAAGCAGACAUGUGUGUAAAGAUAAUGAGAGUAAAGACAGAAGAAAGCAUGAAAGUUGACCGAAAUGAUGGGCCAAAAUUUGUGGCUACUUUCCGGCGUCUUGAGGAGCCUCCGCUCCUGAAAACCCUUUGA